AUGGUGAUCAAUGACAAGAAAAUUAAAUUUCAGAUCGACUGCGAAGCUUCGAUAAACAUCAUCACUAGAUGUAACACCAGAAAAAGUCACAUAACACCAUCAAACAAAACCCUGAAGAUGUGGAAUGGAACAGAAAUAAAACCCCUCGGAACUACCAGCUUGAAAGUCACGAAUCCUAAAACUGGAAAGCAGUAUUCAAUUGAAAUUGUUGUUGUUCCCGAUGACUUAACACCACUGCUAGGUGCACGUACAGCACAACAAAUGGAGCUGAUAACUGUGGUUGAAGAUCAUUUUGUCUCUGUUCCGCCUCCUCAAAAGACAUCAUGUGAGGACAUCCGAAGCAUUGCAACAGCUGACAAGCUAGUUCGACGCUAUCCAGAAGUUUUCGCAAGAUAUCUGGGAACCCUACCUGGCACAGUCCAAUUGAGAGUUGAUGAAAAUGCCGAACCUUCCAUAACGCCUUCGUGACCGAUCCCCACAGCGCAGAGAGAGAAGUUCAAAGCUGAACUAGACUGCUUAGAGAAUCUAGGAGUACUAGCAAAAGUAGAUGAGCCUACGGCAUGGGUGAGCAGUGUUGUUAUUGCUACAAAGAAGUCAGGCACCCUUAGAAUAUGUAUAGAUCGGUGACUGUUGAACCAAGCCUUAAAAAGAGAAACACAUCAGCUGCCAAUCCUAGACGACUAAAUGCCAGAGCGGGCUUGAGCAAAGAUCUUUUCAACUGUUAAUCUUACCGCAGGAUACUGGCACUGCAUGCUUGACGACGAGUCUAGUCUCUUGACUACCUUUGCAACCCCUUUCAGAAGAUACCGGUGGAAAAGACUCCCAUUUGGUUUAUCAGCAUCAAGCGAGAUCUUCCAGAAACGGGUGAGUCAAGCCCUAGAAGAACUGGAAGGAAUACUUAACAUCACUGACGACAUCCUCAUAUUUGGAGUUGGUGACACCAAAGAUGAAGCUCGUCGUGACCACGAUCGUAAAUUAGAGGCAUUACUACUCAGAUGCACAGAGCGUGGAAUUGCCCUAAAAAAGAACAAGUUGAGACUUCGGUUUACUGAAGUGCCAUUUAUGGGUCACCUCUUAACCAAACAAGGCCUCAAGAUAGACCCCGACAAAGUAAAAGCAGUCUUAGAGAUGCCUCGACCCAAAGAUGUGGAAGGCGUGCAGAGGCUUAACGGAUUUGUCAAUUACUUGUCAAACUUCCUACCUCUCCUAGCAGACCAAAUGGAGCCUAUACAUUGCCUCACAUGACAAGACGUGUACAGAAUUUAACUGGACGGAUGAGCAAGAGAACGCGUUUAGAGAAGUGAAGUGUCUUGUGACUACCACCCCAGCUCGAAGGCCGAGCUUGAAAUCCAGUGUGAUGCCAGUUAGAAAGGCCUAGGAGCUGCCCUCCUGCAAAGAGGCAAACUGAUCGUGUACACAAGCAGAGCGCUCACUGAGACUGAGCAGGGAUGCGCACAGAUUGAGAAAGAAAUGCUUGUGAUCGUAUUCUCACUUGAGAAAUUUAACCAGUACAGCUACGGACGCCACGUGAAAAUCCAAAGCGACCACAAGCCACUGGAAUCCAUCCUGAAGAAGUCUCUCGUGUGUACGCCAAAAUGCCUUCAAGGUAUGAUGAUGAGACGUCAGAAAUAUGAUUAA